AAUCGAGCUCUAUCAAACUUUCAAUCUGCUUGUCGACAGCGAAACGAUAGUGCACAAUAAAUCAAAGUGCAUGAUCUGUGUGUAAGCCUGCAUGAUUCCCACGCAAAUGUGUCAGUCAUGAUCGUUUAUUCACCUCCUUAAUUGAUGGUGUCCUUUUCGAAAGCCGGAAGCAAUCUCCUGGCAAUCUCCAUUUCCUCAUUUCUACGACAGUGGGUUAGUCGUAUCCACACCGAGACCCACUGCAAUGGUAGCCCAUUAUUCCGAGAGCCGGGCCAGAGUAAAAACCAGUUUGGGCCGCUAAAGAGCGGGUCAGCCCCCGCUUAAGCUCUCUUAGCUGUUUCUGUUUUAUCUGCUGGCUCCGCUGCCGAAAUUCGAGGUAGCAAUUUUGCACAUUCGCCAAUUGGGCUUGGGAGUCUGAAGCGGUCGCUUGGUGUCUAAACAACGUAGUCGCGCUUGCCCAACCCAGUAUCACCUGCAUUCCAAGCUAAGAUGAGUGAUUGGUAGCGAGUGAGUGUGUGACACAGACUGCAGUGAUUUGAACGGAAAGGUCAGUGGCUCAGUGAGCACCUAAGUGAUCCUCAGUCGCAAUGAGAUUGGUCUGGCUGCAGCUCCUGGCCGCUGGUGGAGCGCUCUACCUGGCAAUCGGUUGUGCAACGGCCGCCAAGGCAUCCACAAGCCGCGGAGUUGCACAAUACAAGCUCCCGCUCCCUGCACCAUUGCCAGACCACGAAUCUGUGGCGGUUUCAGGCGCGGAUCAGGCUAGGCGGCAGCAGCAGGGAGCAUCCAAUCAGCGGAGGCGCACUCAGGUCGUGCGGCGGCGCAGGCCCUCCUCUACAACAACCUCCACAACUUCAUCCACCUCAACCACAACGACAACCACAUCGACAACUACAACAACGACGACAACAACUCCGCGUCCCAGCCUGGCCAACGGCUUCAACUUCUUUAAUCGGAACUUCUGGAGUUUCGGCCAGCAGAGUCUGGUGGCAGUGCGUCCGCCCACCAAGCAAGCCCAUCCUCCGAAAAAGUUUAGUUCCAAGGAGGAGAAGUCCGUCCAACGAAAGCCGAACAAGACCACUAGGAAACCGAUGGAGCAGAGAACCACUGCAGCAAGUCGAAGUACAACAUCCACCACCCAGAAACCCACUACAGAUGGACCCUUCCGCAUUGCUCUGCCCACCUUGAACUUUCCACGCGACAACAAGGAUAAGGAAACGGAAAAGGAGAAGGGCAAGAGAUCGGCUGCCGAGCUUCGUUUGCGGUUCGAUUGUCCGCGGGAGAACGAGGUGAGGUUCCAGCUAUUCCCCAAGAUCUGCAAGGCGGAUCGGGACUGUGCCGUGUGGCAGAGGGAUGAGCUGUGCUGUGAUAUCUUUGGAGCAAGCAGCUGUGUCUCUGGGGUUCCAAAGCCUCUGGAGGAGACUCCACAUGCUCCCAUCCUGGGUUUGAUUCCUCGCAAGUGUCCCAGCAGACCGCUGGCCGAGCUCUGGUGGGAUGUGCAGGAGUGCUCCACGGACAUGGACUGCUGGCCGCGGGUCUGUUGUCCGGAUGGGCGGAGGAGGUACUGCCGCACCUCGCAGCCGGAGUUGGAAACAGCUCCAGUGCCAGUAAAGCGAUCCUUCGAUUACCUUACGGAGUAUCUGGAGUGCACGGCACCGCCGCCGCCCAUUUUCGACCUCCAUCCGAAGGCGUGCACCUCCACAUUGGACUGCUUUCCGAACGUGUGCUGCCAGGAGGCGGGACUGCGGCACUGCCGGCCGCCCAAGAAGUCCGUGCUCACACUGAUGGCAAACUUUCUAAACGUGGACUUUGUGAAGCGACUGGCCCAAAACAUCGUUAUCAAGUAGGUCGCACCGUGAAUUUCCCACUAUUCUCAACGUGCGUCGAGCACCUUCGACAGAACCAUUUGGAAACCGCCGUGAUAUCUCGCCCUUAUCUGUUUGGCCACGCUGAUAACCAAAAAGAAGACAUGCCCACACCCAUACCUGUCGUAUAUAUGUACCUAUACGGCGCACCCCAUUCGAUACCCCGUAAUCCUCCAUUAAUUAAAGUCCACCUAGCCUAGUAUUAGACAUAAGAGUAAAUAAAUACAUACAUAUGUACGAACCAUAAACUCGAACUGGGUGCUCUUCC